AGAGCGGAGCAGGAAGUGUCCCAGGGGAGGGAGCCGGAGGGCUCCGGCCUUUCCUUUCCUACGCGGGCGGCGGGCUCCGGCGGCGGCCAGGCCUGCGCGGCCCGCCAACGGGGACGCGCCGCGGCGGCGCCUCCAUUUGCCCCCGCGUCUUCCGUCCCGAGCCGAGCCGGCUUCCCGCAGGAGCAGGGGACGCGGAGUCGGACGCCUGCGGAGACCGCGCCGCGGGAGGACCCCAAGGAGCGGGCCGGAAGGAUGAGGAGCGGCUGCCAGGGCCUUGCGCCGCAGCGAGGGGGGGCCGAGUCGGCCGCCGGGAAGGCGCUCCAGGCGCUGAGGCUGGCGCGGCUCGGUUCCCGCCGGACCUGCGUGAGGCCCGCCCCGCCCCCGACGGGGAUCCCCCGGGGCUCGCGUUAGCUCAUUCAUCCGGCGCUGCCCGGGAGCCGCCUCCGUGUCAGGUGCCGGAGCGACAAAGACGAGCGCGCUGUCCGGUUGGGGGCUGAUCCGCAGAGCGCGGCGCGGGCUGCUCCACGCGCUCCGCGUGCAGAGGCUGGGGCGCGGCGCCCACCGCGGGGGAGACUUCAGGAACCCUGCGGCCCCGCAGGUGUGUGACGGCCGCUCCGGGGAAGGGGGCCCGUGGGGCCGAGCGUGGGUUCCAGAUGCCCGAGAAGACGCCGGAGGAACUCGGUGGUGGGGCAGGCAGCGAUGUGUGCCCCAGACGCCCCCAGCUCCCGGAUGCCAGUCUGUGUGCGCACGUUGGAAGGCGGAGAGGUGCACACACUGCGGCUAGGCGGCCGCUCCGGGUGGUUCUGGUGCCCCUUCGGCCUCACUUGGCUUCCUGUGAAAUGGGAAUGAGGCCCGCAUCCCGCCUGGGGCCCGUGGGAGCACACUGUGCUGUAGAUCGAGGUGUGGCCUCCUGGGGCCACUCCAACCCGCGUGUCCAGGAUCUCCGAGGCCUGGGGACGAGCUGUGGGCCCCUAUUGGGCCUCAGCUCCGCCCACAGUGUGGGGUGGUGUCUCCUACUCCAUCGCCACGGGUGUUGUCUGGGGCGGCGGUGGCCCCCUGAGCCACACCUAGAGAGGCGGGGUUGUACCCUGAGCCCCACCUCUGACCUUCCUGAGGAAGGGCAGGAGGUGUGCGCGGUGGCCUGCCUCCUGGUUUGAAGAUGACAAGGGUGGAGGCGAGGUUGAAGGUCAAGGCAUACGUUUACCCGCCAGACUUUGAAGUGAGCUGGAGGCAGGUCCGAAGGCGCUGAGGAUUUUGAAUAGGAGUGCUCUCUGGUAAACUCAGGACGUGGCUGCCCGCUGGGACCUCCCCUGCCCCGCCUGGGGCUGGCCGCUGCUUUGUCCACUGCCUCCCCAUCCCCAUCCCGGCUCUCCCCCUCCAGCAAGCCCAGCACCACCAGCGGGGUGGAUUGCCCGUCCUUGAUCUACUUAGAAGGCUUUUCCCAGGCGUGUCUGUCUGUCUUUCCAGCUCAUUUUGUAAAAAUCCCAAGGCCAAGGACGGUGAUUCCGGUUCAGAAGCCUCAAGAUAGCGGCCUGCUGGGUGGUCCGCCUCAGGCCCUGUCCUGGAGGCCCUGCCCCGAAGGGUCCUCUUCUGCAGCUGACCCCAUCAAACCCCGUCAUGCCCACAGCCCUGUGCCCCCGAGUCUUGGCUCCAAAGGAAAGCGAGGCGCCCCGGAAAAUGAGGAGCCCACCGGGAGAAAACCCCAGCCCCCCAGGGGAGCUCCCCAGCCCCGAGUCCUCCCGCCGCCUGUUCCGCCGGUUCCGCUACCAGGAGGCCGCGGGCCCCCGGGAGGCCCUGCGCCGCCUGGGCGACCUGUGCCGCGGCUGGCUGAGGCCCGAGCGGCACACCAAGGAGCAGAUCCUGGAGCUGCUGGUGCUGGAGCAGUUCCUGGCCAUCCUGCCCCGGGAGGUCCAGGGCUGGGUGCGGGCUCAGGAGCCCGAGAACAGCGAUCAGGCCGUGGCCGCCGUGGAGGCCUUGGAACGGGAGCCCGGGAGACCCUGGCAGUGGCUCAAGCACUGUGAAGACCCCGUGGUGAUAGACGAUGGGGACAGCCCCCCAGACCAGGAGCAGGAGCGGCUGCUGACAGAACCCCAGGGUGACCUCGUGAAGAGCCAGGACAUGCAGCCCCUGGCCCUGGGUCAGGGACUCCCAAGCCGACCACCAGGGCUGCUCGGCGGGGACCCAGUUCCAGCAGAUGCAUCCCUUCUUCAGGACAUGAGUCUGAGGGAUGCACAGCAGGUGACCGCCCUCCAGCUGCUUCCGAACCGGGCUUCUCCUUUCAAGGACAUGAUCUUCUGCUUCUCAGAAGAGGACUGGUCCCUUCUAGACCCUGCCCAGACUGGCUUCUAUGGAGAGUUCAUCAUUGGGGAGGACUACGGGGUCUCCUUGCCCUCGAAUGAUGUAGCCGCCCCACUGGCUCUCUGCCAGGGCGAGGAGAAUGAGCCCCAGGCUCCGGAACUGCAGGACCUCCAGGGGAAGGAAGCACCCCAGGUCUCCUACUUGGACAUUCCAAGUCUCCAGGCAUUCCCAGGAGAAGAAAAAAGAAAACGGGAUGAGAUGCAGGUGCCAGAGUUCCAGGCCUGCCCACAGACAGUGCUCACUCAGAGCACCUACCCCGCCGGAGGCACCAAGCCAGCCCCGGGAGACAGCCUGGACGAGGAGGUGACCAUCGAGAUCGUGCUGUCCAGCUCUGGGGAUGAGGACUCCCAGCUCGGCCCCUACUGUGCCAACGAGGCAGGCGGGCACCCCGCCCUGCGCCGGGGAGCUGAGGCAGGAGGCGAUGGGCAGGCCACGUCCAAGAAGUACGUGUGCCCGAACUGCGGCAAGAUCUUCCGCUGGAGGGUCAACUUCGUGCGGCACCUGCGGAGCCGCCGUGAGCAGAAGCACGAGUGCUCGGUGUGCGGCGAGCUGUUCAGCGACAGUGAGGACCUGGACGGGCACCUGGAGACGCACGAGGCUGCGAAGCCUCACCGGUGCGGCGCCUGUGGGCGGAGCUUCCGCCUGCACGCGCACCUGCUGUCCCAUCGGCGGAUGCACCUGCCAUCCGACGCGCGUGAGCAGCUGCCGCGCAGGGAGUCCACCGCCGAGCCGCGAGGCGGGGGCCCCGGGAUGCGGGCCAAAGGCAAGGCCGCCCUGCGCCUGCAAUGCUGUGACUGCGGGAAGGCCUUUCAGCGGCCCUACCACCUAGCGCGGCAUCGCAGCAGCCUGCACUCCAAGGGCAAGGCCCGUCCCUUCCAGUGCCGCUACUGCGCCAAGAGCUUUCUACAGAACUACGACCUCCUCCGCCAUGAGCGCCUGCACAUGAAGCGCCGCUCCAAGCAGGCCCUCAACUCCUACUGAGCCGGGCCUGGGGCACAGGUGCAGCCCAGCCACGGCCCAGGACAGACUGGACUGCACCUCCUGCCCCUGGAUCUCAGGUAGUGAGAGGGUGGCCACCUGAGUGUUCUGUCUGCUGUGCCAAAAAACGGCGGUGUGUCACCACCAGCGUGGAACCUCCCACACACCACGUCUCUGGGACUUAGGAACCCAGCCCAGUGCUUCCCAAGCGAGCGGUGCUGGGCCACCCCCACUGCAGUGACCAUGGAGGUCUGUCCCUUACUGACCGACCUUGGAUACACCCCCAUCCCGCCCUGUCUGACCCCCCAGCCAUCCUAAGGUUCUGGGCCUUUGUAUCUGACAACAGGAAGCUACAGGUGGUGCCAGGCUAGGAGGGGACAGUGAGACAGGGCUGUGGGCAUCACGGAGCUGGGCCGAGCCCACCAAGCCAUGUAUGUCAUCACAAGCUUGAGUCCCCAGCCCUGGCCCCCAGGGGCAUCCUGCAGUUACCGGGCAGCCUGUUCACGCUCAGAAGCCUUGAGGGGGAGCUUUCCAGCUCCUCCUUGCAGAAGAGAAACUAGUACCCUUUUGUUUGUGAUGGCAGCUGGUUAUUAGGGAAUAUGGGCCAACCAGGGCAAAGCCCCCUUUUAAACCUGGUUGCACACCAUCCCCAAGCAUCAUGUCUUUGACCCUGAGGGUCACUGGUAAAUGGUUGUGGGGGCAGUGAAGUCAUCGGCACUUGAAAGGCACUUAACGUUCCCCUUCCUGUUCUGUGGUGCCCAGGAAUGGGGAGAUUAGCCCCCAAGGGGACGUCCCUUGUCCAGAAUAGCUGAGCAGGGGAAAUGGGACCUUUCGGGAAGUCAUGCUCUAUGUAGGUGGCAUUAAAGUAGCCUGCUGGGUGUAUUCCUUUGCUAAGGCUGCUGUAAGAGCUGGGAGGCCUAGAGCAGAAAUUUAGGUCAGUUCUGGAGUCCAGAGGGCCAGGAUGAGUUGUGAGCAGGGUUGGUUCCUCAGGAGGCAGACUCUGUCCCAGGCCCCAGCUUCUGUGUCUGGUGGCAGUCAGGGAUAUUUCUUGGUUUGUAGAGGCGUCUCCCCAGCUGCCUUCAUCUUCACGAGAUGUUCUCCCUAUGUGCUUGUCUGCUUCCUUUUAUAAGGGCAGUAGUCACACUGGGUUAAGGGCUACCUUUGUUUCCAUCUGAAUUAUGUCCACAGGGACCCUGUUUUCAAAGGUCAUAUGCUACUGUAUGUGGGGUUGGCCUUAAACUGUGGGGGAGUGGGGAGACACAAGUCAGCCACCAGCAUGACAGCCCCAUGGCGCUGUGUUCACUGCCUGGCCACAGGCAAGCCGACACAAAUGAGGUGGCUUGCCCUCAACCCUGUGGGAAGUGCUGUUCAGACCCAAGCUGCUUGCAGGGUGGGCGUCCUCUGCACCGUAGCCUCAAGGCCGUAGCCUGGGACUCUGGCCAGGGUCGACCCUUGGUGAGACCUCAGUUGAUGGAAGCCGUGAUGUCGUUCUGGGAAGACCGGCAAUGACCACUGGGCCUGGUGGAGGGACGGCAGGUGCUGUAAGUGGCUGAGUGUGUCAGGCACUGUUUGUGUGUGGGUCCCACCAGCAGCCAGUAGGUUGGGUAAGUGAACACAGGGCCUGUUGCCCCUUGUCAUCCACUUCACUGUCACACUGACGCCCCUGCCCCACGCCCAGUGAAAGUUACAACCCGUAGUCACAAUUGAUGUCUGUGGAUGUGUGACACACCCGGGAACAGAAAAUGCGGGAAAACCACUGGGCCAUACCCAGAACAAGCAAUAAACUACUGGGGCUGCUCAUUUUUUAAAUAGUUUGCCUCUUGUACUGAUCUGCCAGGAAGAGGGGGAAAUUAAAUCUGUAAGGCCAAGGUGGGAAAAUUCCAAAUAGAAGCCAGACUGUGUGCUCUUGUCGGGGACCCAUUAGCAGUGAGGUUAUUAACUCAUCUGCCAGACAGUUGUCUUCAAGAAUGUCACUCUACUUACUGGCGUAUUUUAUGUGUAAAAUCAGAUUAUGAGAAAGGUGCAAAGGGAAUGUGGCGAGCUGAAACCCACAGGUGGGCUGUGCGCCUCGGUGCUGUGCGGGAGCUGCCGUCGUCCCUGGAUCAGGAGCCCCCUGGGUGAUGUGGCUCAAAUCCCAGGCCCCUCUCCUGCAGGAGAAGCCAGUGGGGGUACCUGCCCUGGGGAAAGUUUAGGUAACUAGAGAGCUGGUCCCUCCCUGGGGACUGGGCAGGCGGGUGAGUGGGGUUUCUGCCUCACUGAGGAGGCUCAGGAAUCCCACAUCUGAGAGGUGCCUGUCCCCCGUUUCUCUGAACCCUGGACGUUGUUCCCACAAACUCACAGGUGCAUAAUAAAAAUUCACUUGCUGAAUUAAUAUA